AUGCUCGAUUCGUUCUUCAAUAAGGGCUUCAAAGCUGCAAAGUGCAAAACCUUGCUCAAGUUAACGAUCCCUCGGAUAAAGCUAAUUCGGAAUAGAAGAGAGGCGCAGCUUAAGCAAAUGCGCCGUGAAAUCGCUAAGCUUCUCGAGACUGGUCAAGAAGCCACUGCUCGAAUUCGGGUUGAGCAUAUUAUAAGGGAAGAGAAGAUGAUGGCUGCUCAAGAGAUCCUUGAGCUCUUCUGUGAGCUCAUAGCUGUUCGUCUUCCUAUCAUCGAGGCUCAAAGGGAAUGUCCUUUAGAUCUUAAAGAAGCAAUAUCAAGUGUAUGUUUUGCUGCGCCGAGGUGCUCUGACUUGACGGAGCUGCAGCAGGUUCAGAUGCUAUUUGUUUCCAAGUAUGGAAAAGAAUUCGUUGCAGCUGCAUCUGAGCUCAAGCCGGAUUCUGGUGUCAAUCGCAAGAUAGUGGAGUUGCUGUCUGUGCGUGCACCUUCCCCAGAAGUUAAACUGAAUCUUCUCAAGGAAAUUGCAGAAGAACAUGAGCUUGAUUGGGACCCUACUUCUACAGAAACUGAUCUCUUCAAAUCGCAUGAAGAUCUCCUUGAUGGACCAAAGCAAUUUGGUGGGGGAUCUAAGCUGCCACUAGAGGAGGAAAAAGACGAAAGGGCACACGUGACGAUGACAUCUUUUGCACGCCCAGAGGAGCAAUCUGAUUCUGACUCAGAGUAUGAAAAACUGGACUUUCCCGAGGUCCCAAAUGUGCGGCCGACUUCUGGUGUUAAUCCUGUGAAUGCACCGGAGGCAGCAAAACCUGCCGGUUAUGAGCAUACCUUUCCCGACUUGCCCUCUGAGCCAGAGAAGGCAGGAGACGAAAAACCGACUUCCAAAAGAGAAGAACAUCCUGCAAAAGCAAGCACCACUUUCGUGGAAGGCCAACAGUCUUCACAGUACGUGACAGAAUCUGAUUCGGUGAAACGGAACAGUUAUUCUCCACCACCUGUUGAUGUAGUAGGAACCUUCUCUACAAAAGAGAGUGGGGCUUCAAGGGAUGCUCCAAGGAAAAUAUCUGAAGGUGACUUGCAGGAUGUCCUAACGGCUGCUCAAAAUGCUGCUGACUCAGCGGAACGUGCAGCAGCAGCUGCCCGUUCAGCUGCAAGUCUUGCACAACUCAGGAUCAACGAGCUUACAAAGAAGACGACUGACCAGUCUCCAGAGAGUCCGAAUGAGAACCCUUUCCAUUCAAACCCAUCACAGACGAUGGAGAACCGGCAAUUUGAUCAUCAGGAUUCUUCCGUCAGCAGCUACGGUGAUCUCACAGACUUCCAUUCAAACCCACCUCAGACGAUGGAGAAACCGCAAUUUGAUCAUCAGAAUUCUUCCGUCAGCAGCUACGGAGACCUUACAGACUUCCAAAUGGCUGACACUGCAUCGUCACAUUUCAGCCACGAGAGGAACAACCACCAAGCAGAGAGAUUCCCUUCAUUGGAGAAACCUCGUUUUGAUCACCAGAACUCAUCCGACAGCAGCUAUGGCAAUUUUACAGAGUUCCAAAGACCAGAGACGUCAUCAUUUGACAGACGCAGCCCUGACCAGGACCACCAGCAAAUGAGACUGCCUUCCAUGGAAGAUGAUCCCUAUUACUCAUAUCCUAAUCUGUUCACAUCGCAGAAGCCUGAUCGCUCUCCUUCAUUCUCAGACAAUACAAAACCUGCCCAUGAUUCUUGA